GACCCGCAGGUCCUUAAGUCCUUGAAGGGAUACGCCAAGCCCGGUGAGAUCGUCGCCAUCAUGGGAGCGAGUGGGAGUGGCAAGACGUCGCUGCUGAAUGUGCUCAGCGGACGGGUAGUGUCGAUGAACGGGCAUGUGGUGACCUCCAAGUUCACAGUCAACGGUCACCCCACUAGUGGUGAGGAGCUCGGACCACAGAUUGCGUACGUCAUGCAGGAAGACACCUUGUGCCCAACAUCAACACCGCGCGAGGCCCUGGAGUUCAGCGCGAAGUUGAGGCUUCCCCCUUCCGUGACCGAUGCAGAGAGGACGAGGAUGGUCAACGACGUGAUCACGAUCCUCCACCUUGACAGAUGUGCGGACACCCUCAUCGGUGACGAGAUGAUCAAGGGCAUCUCAGGUGGAGAGAAGAGGCGAACAAGCAUCGGUGUGGAACUAAUCACCUCGCCUUCAAUUCUCUUUCUUGAUGAACCAACGUCAGGACUUGACUCUUUCGCGGCAUACAACGUCAUCCAGGCUCUGAAGGAUCUGGCUGGCCUUGGGUGUACUGUGCUGUGCACUAUCCAUCAGCCCUCAUCUGAAGUCUUUCACCUCUUCGAUCGGACGAUCCUGCUGGCAGAAGGAAGGACCCUCUACGAUGGGAGAGUUGAUCAGCUCUGUGAUCACUUCAUGAGGAUCGGGUAUCCUGUACCGGAGGAGACGAACCCUGCCGAUCACGUCAUGUUCCUGAUGCAGACCCUGGACAAGUCGCUGCUCAAGGACCUCUGCAUGGCCUACGCAGCGGCCAACGACAAGUUCGACCCUCACACUGCGUGUGCGUUGGAUGGAGGAGACAUUCCUCGCAAGCUCAAGCGAGUACAGGCUGGCUGGUUCACUCAGUUCAUGGUGCUUGGAAUGCGGGAGGUACAGACGGUUACCAGGAACAAGGGAGCGCUGAUCGCGAGGUUCGGAUCGGCGAUUGGGCUCAACCUCAUCUUCGCUCUCAUCUUUUACAAGGUUGGCAAUGGUGGUGAUAUCCAGUCUCACUUCGGUGCCUUGGUGUUCCUCGCCAUCAGCGCCAUGUUCGGAGCAGCUCAGCCCGUCAUCCUGACCUUCCCUGCUGAGCGCCCUCGGUUUGUCCGUGAGUACGCGACAGGCACUUACGGGGCAGUGCCUUACUUCUGGUCGAAGCUCUUUACGGAGCUGCCGCUCACCUUCUUAGUGGCUCUGGUGGUCUUCCUUGUCACCUACUGGACUGAAGCUCUCAAGGGAAAUUUCAUCUUGCACGUGCUCAUUGUCUGGCUCGUCAGCAUCGCAGCCUCAUCGACAGCUCUCUUUGCCGGCAGCAUCGCAUCCAACGUCAAGGUCGCCACGGAAGCGCUUCCAGCUAUUUUCGUACCACAGAUCUUGUUUGCGGGCUUCUUCAUCAAGAUCGAACUCAUCCCUGUGUGGAUCCGCUGGGCUCAGUACCUCUGCUCGCUCAAGUUCGGCGUCAACCUCAUCAUCCUCAACGAGUUU